AUGGUACAAGCCGAACAGUUAAGUACUCAAUUGGCACCGAUAUACGAGUUGCAGAAAAAAUGUAGUUUUACCAAACAACGGCUCGAUAUUGUUUUGAACAUGAAAAUUUUUGUGCAAAACCAAAUGUCGACAAUAAUCAAUGAUAAUAAUAACAAUAAUAAUAAUAAUAAUAAUAAUCAUAGUGAUAAUCAUAAUGAUGCAAAUGAAAAACACAAAUUUAAAACACUUGUCAUAUUUGAUGUUGAAACAACUGGCUUAGUACCAGAACAACCUAAAAUCACCGAAUUAGCAAUGGUGGCCGUUGACAUUUCAGCAUUAGAAUCAACAAAUGAAGAACUACCAAGAGUAAUGAACAAAUUUAUCAAAGUUUUUAAUCCCGAAAAAUUAUUGAACCCUAUUGCUGCAAAAGUAUCAGGCAUAUCAAAUUUAAUGUUGUUAGAUUAUCCAAAAUUUUCUUUACGUACAUUGAAUGCAAUCGAUGAAUUUCUAGGUGAUCUUCAACAGCCUAUGUGUUUAAUAGCUCAUAACGGUGAUAAUUUUGACUUUCCUGUUUUAUCAAAUCAAAUUAGAACGUUAUUUAACGAAGAUACCCAACAAUUUGCACAACCACAUUCAAGCUCAUUGCCAUCAACCGCACCAAUAAACCCAGCGGAUUCAUCUACAGCCGUCUCAACUUGUGCAUCCUCCUCAUCUCUUUCGUCAUCUACAGAUGUUUCUUGUUCAAUACCUACAUGCUCGAUACCAUCCAAUGUUCAACAACACCCAUCAUUAUCGUCGUUAUUAUUCAGUACCGCCUGUGCAGAUAGUAUCAAAUUUUUUCGUUAUAUUCAUCGUUUAAUGAAUGAUAAAGAUUUAUUACAAACAAAUGAUUCCUCAUCAAUUUUACUAGACGGUUCAUCAAGUCCAAAAUCAAGAUGUCUAAUCGAAGAGACAAACUCAGAUUUUUCAAAAGGUUCUAUUACUCCACCGAAUACUCCGCAAAAAAUAUUAGCAGCUGUUCAAAAUUCUACGAGUUCAUGUGAAAAAAUAACUGAAUGUGAAACUGCUGAGUUGUGUACAAUUCCAUCGAGUGAAUCCGAUGUAGCAAUCGCAAGUGUUGAAACAUCCAGACAAACUAUGGAACCUGAAACAACUGAAAAGAAGCCAUUAAAUGUUGAAAAACGUCUUAAAGUGAUUGAUCUUGAUGAAAAACCCCGAUAUGUACCAUCUAAUUAUGUAAAACGAACAAGUUUUAGCUUGAGUGAGAUUUAUUUACGUGAAUUUAAUCGUCAUACACCUUAUUCAUCACAUCGCGCCGAGGAUGAUUGUUUAACAUUGCUAGCUUGUCUAAAAAGAUAUCUUCCAGAUGUGCUUGAAUGGAUUGAAAGUAAUCAUAGACCAUUGAAUCAAUUUAUAAUGCCAAUGUUCACUUUCUCAUCGUCUUCAACCAAUACACAAAAUCAUGAGCCAGUGAAUAAUCAAAAUGUACAAAGAGUAAAACGACCGUUAAGAUUUUGA